AUGCGCGGAAGGGCCAAAUCCGAGUCAGAAGUGAUACAGGAUGACCCUGAUGAAGAUGACGACGAAGAUGACGAAUUCACCGACAACUCCGAAGAUGACGAUGACGAUGAAGAUAGUAUACCUACCACUCCAGAGCUCUCUGAUGGCGAAAACAAAGAACCAUGGAGCACUUAUUUGUGUAGCUGUUAUGAAAGCUGUGGUAAGUCUGUAUCCCUGCCUUCAUUCAAGUAACUUUGCAAUAGACCUCAAGUGCAUUCUAUUAUUUAAGCCAUAAAUAAGUGAAUUGGAGGCAGGUUAGUUCGCUAAGGCUAUAGAAUUAUUCCUGAGCUUUUCGAUUGCCUCAGAAUUUGGAGUGAAAACCGGUAGUAAAUUUCGGGUGUUGCCCGACAGUCCAUAUGAAUAGUUGGACCUAAAUCCGUCAGUGUCAGCUAAAGAACCGCACGUUAUACACAUUUUGUCCACAGGUGGUUAGCGGCAUAUAAAUUUAAUUAAUUUACCACCCUCGCUGAACGUCUAGCUUACUGAAAGUCUAGACACAGGUUUCGCCAAUUUUGUGCAGAAGACACAUGGAGAACGCCGAGUGAUCUACUGAUAAGUCGACCUUUUCGUGGCUGCAUUAUUCAGCGGCACAAAAUCGGCAAGACGUCUGUUUGAGCUUUAACUAAACUACCCGUUCAUCAAGUAUAUUCAAAUUAUUUGGUCUUGUAGUGUAAAUCGGAGAGGGUGGCACUGCUAUUAACCAAACUACCUUUUAUCUCUCGUACACCCGUUAUUACCGAUAAACCAGCUAGCUACGACUAUUCGAGAAUUUCUGAAUAGAUGAAAAUGUUGAACAAAUCGUGCUUCUGGGAAUUAACGAAGUGGCUGCAUUGUCAUUAAGAAAAACGUCUGCAAAGAAUUG